GCUUGGUCCCACUAAUAUUUUUCUAGCAGAGCUUCAAAUGCAGCCCACUUGACUUUGUCCAAGGUUACUGUCGGUGGCCUAUUUUACACGAUAACAUCCCCAACCAAACUUUUACAGAGUCGACAAACAGUUGGGAAGAUAUCCAAGUGAAAGCAGAAAAUAUGUCGCUCAAUAUACCAAGCGCGCCAAACGCUGGCCUGUUCAAGCAAGGCUACAACAACUACGAUUCCGAAGAUGGCGCUGUUCUACGAAAUAUCGAUGCUUGUCGAGCCAUUUCCUCCACGGUUCAGACCUCCCUAGGUCCCUAUGGCCGAAAUAAGAUCAUUAUCAACCAUCUACAGAAGAUGAUCCUAACCUCCGACGCCGCUACCAUCCUCAAGGAACUCGAUGUUGUCCACCCCGCAGCCAAGCUUUUAGUUAUGGCAAGCCAACAGCAAGAAGCCGAGAUGGGCGAUGCUACAAACCUCGUCAUCGUCUUGGCUGGCGAACUCCUCAAGAAAGCCGAAGAUCUACUACGAAUGGGACUUAAAACGGCCGAUAUAGUCAUAGGUUACGAACGUGCCCAAGCCUUUGCUCUCGAAGAGUUGGAGAAUCUUGUCAUAGAUAAAGUAGAUGACCUCAGAAACCAAGAGGAGCUAAGCAAGGCAAUCAAAACAGUGGUCGCCAGCAAACAGAAUGGAAAUGAGGAUACACUUGCAGACCUCGUUUCCGGGGCUGUUCUUGCCGUACUCCCUAAGAACCCUGCCAAUUUUAACGUCGACAACAUCCGAGUAGUUAAAAUUAUGGGUGGAAGUCUAGAGCAGAGCAGAGUGGUAAAGGGUAUGGUGUUCCCUAAGGAACCAAACGGAUCUGUCAAGAAGGCGACUAAGGCCAAGGUCGGUGUCUUCUCUUGCCCGAUCGACACCAGCCAAACCGAGACCAAGGGUACUGUUUUACUGCACAAUGCCAAGGAGAUGAUGGACUUUACGAAGGGAGAAGAAGAGCAGCUAGAAACCGCCAUCAAGGAAUUACAUGACGUUGGGUUGAGAGUCGUUAUUGCCGGUUCAACCGUAGGAGAGCUUGCACUGCACUACCUCAACCGGUACGGCAUCCUUGUUAUCAAGAUUCUAAGCAAGUUUGAAUUGCGAAGAGUGUGCCGAGUUGUUGGCGCUACCCCUCUCGCCAGAUUGGGCGCUCCUAUGCCUGACGAAAUGGGAUCCGUGGACGUCGUGGAGACCCUCGAGAUUGGCGGAGACCGCGUGACGGUGUUCAGACAAGAAGACGAGGUCACGAGAACUGCCACUAUUGUUCUUAGAGGCGCCACACAGAACCAUCUCGACGAUGUUGAGCGAGCAGUAGAUGACGGUGUCAACGUAGUGAAGGCUAUUACUCGUGACGCACGACUGGUCCCCGGUGCUGGUGCAGCAGAGCUACAACUCGUCAGCAGGAUACAGGCUAUUGCCGAGAAGACACCAGGCUUGCCGCAGUAUUCUAUUCGAAAGUACGGCGAGGCCUUUGAAGUGGUACCCCGAACCAUUGCGGAGAGCGCCGGUUUAGAUGCCACCGAGGUGUUAAGUAGACUCUAUACGGCACAUAACAAGAAGGACGGCUUGAUUACAGGAGUUGACAUAGAGAACGACGAUGGCACUGGCACUUUGGACGCCAAGAAGAACGGCAUCUUGGAUCUUAUGGUCACUAAGGCCUGGGCUAUCAAGUUAGCAACAGAAGCAGCACGGACUAUCUUGUCCGUUGACCAGAUCAUCGUAUCCAGGCAAGCAGGCGGACCAAAGCCGCCUGGACCUAACCCCAACUGGGAUGAGGAUUAAAAGUGCGUCAGUGGUGCUAAAAUAAAUGGUCAUAUGCGGUCUUCAGGGGCAGGACGGAGUUGUACGCGAGUAUAGACGGUCAACCUGCAAACUCAGGGGUACCGAUAGCAUUUAUUGAUGAUUAGGUAGACCUAAAAGUAAAGCUCGACACAUAGUGUACA